AUGAAUAAGAGGAACGACAAAAGAGUCAAUAAUAUGUCGAAUUAGCAGGAGAAGGAUGAAGAGGAUAAUCUUGAGGAGAAAAAUGCCUAUGAGCGCUUUGAAUACAGGACUAAAUAAAUCAUCUUCAAUGUCCUCUAUGUACUUUUGAAGGAUGAAGAGGGAUCAACAUUUGAAUUUGUUUUGCUUGCUAUAAUUGGAUUUCUUUAAAUAUGUCAAUCCUCGUUCCUUCCAAUUGUAAAUUUCUUUAACUUAAAAGGUUAAUAGACUGAUUACCCCUACAAUUAACCAGAGUUUACAGAAAAGUUUAAUUUUUAUUUGGACUUUGUUCAAUUGCCAGUUUGGCUAGCAUAAACAACUUCUAAGGUAUCCUAUAGCUUUAGUAGAAAGAGAUUUGCUUAUGUUUGGCCAGUGCAGGCUUUGAGAUCUAGUGUGGGGCUUUUUGUCACAGUUUUAUUCAUGCCCUUUCUUGAGGAAAACGGUCCUGGAUGGUUUUUAGAUGCCUUCCAUGAUGAAAGAUGCUGGGUUGGAUCUCAUAUUAUUCAUGCAAGCAUAAGUAGCGCAGUUUCUCUAGUUUUUAUAGCUAUUUGUGUCAUAGUAUCAUUGACUUACUAUGACAACAACAUUACCUCUAAUGAUUUCAGUGCUAGAGUAGAUUAGAGAAUAGUAUUACUCAUAAUAUCUUAUCUUGAUCUAAGAAACUACAGAAUUCUAAGACCGUUUUACAAUGAUAAUGCCAAUAUAUUCUAUACUUGUUUGUCUGGGUUAUUUUUGUGGGGAAAUAUUGUACUUCUAUUUGUAAAGUUAAUGGAGCCACUGAAUUUUGAUGGAGGAUAUUAAAUUUAUCUUCUUGGAGUCCCCAUUGUCAUCUUUAUUAUCAUUUUUGAACCUGACAGAAGAAAAAAACUGCUGAUUAUGAACAUUAACAAUAUUGAAAAAGGAGAGGAAGCUAUGCUCCAAAUCAGAUACUAUAUUCGUCUUGUAUAAUUUAUGGAAAAAGAUAGAGACAGCAAUAUUACAUUAAAAGGUUAUUUAUACCAUCAUGAAGACUCUUGUUCUUAUUCGGAUUGUCAAUUAAAAAAAUAUAAACAAGAAGUUAAAACUUUAAUAGAUGGUCUAAAAGGAGAUAAGAACUAUGAUGUAGCUCGCUAAUAAAAGCUCAUGAAAAAAUGUCUGCUUGAACAUGCAAAAAGUCUCUAUAGAGCAGCGAUUGCCAGAUUUCCUGAUUUUCCUAGUCUUAAGAUUUAAUAUGCUAUCUUUUUGAAGGAAAUGAUGGGUAACACUAAAGAUGCAUUAAUAUAGCUAAAGAUCGCCUCAAAGCAGUCACUUGCAUUUGAUGAGUAAUUUGUGGUUUUCAGAUAAAUGAAAUUAACUGAGGAAUCUAGCUCUCCUAAUUCUGAAACAGAUAAUGGUGAUAUUGAUGUUGUUGGGAAAUUAGCUUAUGAAUCAGCUUAGUAAUAACUAAAAGAGAGUAUACUUAAGUCUUCAAAUCUCCAUUUUGAGUUUUGGAAUUAAUUAUUAAAUGAGAGGCCAGAUAUCGACAGACUAAACUUAAUCGGUUAAAGAAUAAGUAGAUCAAUAAGAUAAAUUGAUGAGCUGUGGGAUACACUGCAAAAGAUAAAUGCCUAUUAGCUUAAAACUUCUCAAUUGUAUGCCUAGUUCUUAAUGAAUAUACUUAAUGACAAAACCAAGGGAGAAGCUCUAAUAAAGAGGGCUUAAGAGACAAGAGCAUUUAACUUUGGCUCUAACUUAGAUGAUUUGUUUGACACUGAGACCUUAAAUUAAAAUGCUACUCCUUAUAUAAUAAUUGAUGGGGAUUAGUAAAAUCUAGGUAUGAUGCUAGACUUCAAUAAAAGUUUACUUAAAAUGUUUGGCUAUACUUCAUCAGAACUUCUUCAUGUUCAUCUAGAUAAGUUAUUACCUGAUAUAUAUACAAAGGAUCAUAAUGCAGUUUUAGAAAAGGCUAUUUAAAUUUCAGAAAACGAAGAAAUCUAAUAUAAAGAUAGAUAGGUAUUUGGAAAGCAUAAAUCUGGUUACAUAUUCCCAAUUACUAUUUUAAUAAAAAUGCUAAAAAAUGUUAGACAGGAGAUAAAAUUCAUAGCUAUAUUUAAACAAGAAAAGGUAACAAUGCACUAAUAGUUUGCGUAUAUGCUAAUUAACAAAGAAAAACAAAUUUCGAUGAUUAGCUCUAAUUGCCUUACCUAUUUAGAUAUAGACUAGAAUAAAGUGAUCAAAUUCUAAAACAAGAAAAUUGAUCUGCCAUUUAUGUGUCCUGAAAUCUUUACAUCUUCUUAUACAGACACUCAGAAAUUAGAAUGGAAAAUUCCAGAUGUAAAUCACAAGUUAGCAAAGAGAAAGCAAUCAUCAGCCAAUGUUUAAGGCUUAAAAAGGAAAAAGACUAUUCACGCUUUAAGAAGAUAGUCAACUAGGAUUGAUUAGUAUCCUACUUUUAAUUACGUUCUUGAGACUUAUCUUCAAAUAAUUAAGAUGGGAUCGUAAGGUGAGAUUGGAUGGUUUGUCAAAAUUAGUGAUCACUCAUAAGGAGAGUUGAGAAUUAGAACUUAAAUAAAGAAGGUCAUUGCAAUUCCACAGUUUUAGUUUCAAUUUCAUCAAAACAGCGGGCUAUUUAUCAGAGAGAUAAUGAAUGAUGAAAGAGAAUAGAUAUAUAGGAAAAACAAAACUACAUUUACAAACUUCAUGACUGGCUAAAACGACAGUAGCUACAAGGAAGAGAUUAAAAUUCAAACUCCUAGAGGCAGAUAUAAAAUUGAAGAUAAAAGUAACGCCGAUGAGUUGAGUGAUUUGGAAUUAACGAGGGAUAAUCUUUUGAUGAAGGGUAAUCAAGAAGAGCAAAAGAUAAUGAAUAGUAGUAGAAGUCAGAAAUAGCAGUUAAAAUCAUAGAGAAACUAAGAUGAUUAGGAAGAAACUGCCAGUCUGCUAGAAAUCAAGCAAAAGUGGGGUAGGGGAAUCAAAAUCUACAAAUUAGUCAAUGGAAUGUUCUAAACAAAAGACUUCGAUGAAGAGGCCAAGCUCCAAUAAAAGCUAUAAGAGGAAAAGAAGAAGAAAGAAAUGGAAGAGUUAAAUGAGUUUGGAUACAAUCAAGAAAUGUCCUAAAAGGAACAAAUACAGGAAUAGAGUGUCAGAAAGGUACUCGAGCAUUUACUUCAUAGCAAAGAAUCACCAAGAGCAAUAAAUAAUCUUCAACUAGUAACAAAUCUUGUAAUUGCAUUCUUUUUGGCACUGGCAAUUGCAGAAUACAUAUUUAACAAUAGUUAGUUUAGAGAUAUCAAUGAGAACUUCAAUUUACUAAGAAUGUCCUAUGGUAGGCUAUCUGAAAUCUAAAGAGUAGCUUAUAAUGUUCGAACUUUGAUUAAUAUCAACGAGAAAAAAUAACAGGUUUACAAUAAUUAUACAACAGAACCAGACUUCAUAGAAUUCAUAAAAUAAGAUAUGGAGGAUUCAAUGAAUAAUUUAUGGUAUCUAAAUCGAAACAUCACAUAUACUAAUCUACCUUUAUCAUAGAGACAAAAAUAAUUAGUAAAUGAGAAGAGUGUCUAUCUAUACUUUAGAUAAAACAAAGAUAAAUCCAUUAAGACACUAGUAUUUAGCAUGAAGGAAGCUAUGCUCUAGAUUAUUAGUUCAAUCUUCACAGUGCGUCAUCUAGACAUAAGGGAAUUCACAGAGGAAAAUGAAGAUAUGUUCUUUAUACUUUAUAAUUCCUACAAUGACUUCUUACUUUCAACCCAAAGAACAUCGCUUUUGUAUAUGGAAGAUUUGAUUGAGAGAUCUGAAAACAAAAUGACUCUGAUUAUCAUAGUCUUCAUCAUCUCAGUUAUUGUAGUAUGCUUUGCAAGCUUCAUGGUUUUGCCAAUGAUUGUUAGAGUCAACAAGGUUAGAAUUAAGGUCCUGCUUCUAUUUCUGGAUAUACCUUCAAAUAAUGUUUCCUAAUUAGCAGAUAAGUGCACAGACUUUAUAUUCAAGUUAGAAGAUGAUCUAUUGAAUGAAGUAUUAACUGAUUAAUAAAAAUCAGAAGAUGAUGAUAAUCUUGAACAAAAAAUCAAAGAUAAAGUUAUUCAGAAUUUUUUCUCUAAAAAAUCAUCAUAAAAAAUACCAAGAAACGCAGUUAAAUCAUAUGCAAGGUUGUAUAUUAAGCUGCUUUUGAUUAUUGCUGUAAUACUGGGCUACUUCUCAGCAAUGUUUGUCAUUUCAUUAAAUUACAUUCAUGCGAUUGAUAUUGAAGCAACACAACUCAAUGUACUUUCAUAGGCUGAAUAUGAAUAUGCAUUUGCCUAGAAUGUUUAAAGAGAAAUGAUCUACAGUCCAGAAAUGCCUAUUUUUAAUAAAACUAGCUUCAAAGUUGCUAAAGAUUCAAUAAUAACUAUUCAAAAACUGUAAUAAAGUAUUAGAAACGAGAUGCAGAGAUCAGAUGACGGGGAGUAUAAAUCGGAAUUCAUCAACAUAUUUAAGUCAAACUUGUGCGAAAACCCACUUAUAAAUAUUACCUUAAUUCCUGAAGAUUGCUCAACAAUGCUGAACCAUGCUGCUUUCAAUGUAAAACCAAUUUUUCACAUAACAUAUUAUUAGGGCUACCAAACCAUAUUGAUUAAGUACUUCGGAUUAUUGCAAGAGAAUAUUAAACAGUAUAUAAUUGAGAUGGAUUCAACAACUAACACCACAAAAUCAUAAUAAUUACUAUUUGACUCAAGGAGAUUUUAUGAUUUAUACGUCAUUCAAUACAGAUUUAUCAAAGAUAUAAAUAGAUAUCUAAUCAAAAUACUUUAAGAAUAAGAAACUUAAGACUACUAAUCUAAGACCAGCAUGAGGCUUGCAUUAUUUAUCUGCUUUUUAAUUGGAUUAGCUAUUUUCUAUUUGCUUUUGUGGAUUCCUUUUGUUAGGAAUCUCCAUAAUUAGAUAUUGCGUACAAAGGGCAUGCUGAAUAUCAUCCCGAUGGAUGUUAUUAUUAGAAUGCCGAGAAUGAGAGAAUUCCUCAAAUCUCAAGAUUUUAUUUCAGGCAAAAUUUGA